CGGGGGUAGGGGCUCAGAGGCGGGAGGCAGGGCCGGCCGGAGCGCGGAGGGGACGCGAGGCGAGGAGCGGCGGCGGGCGGGGGGGGGGCACCCACCCCUUCCUGGCCCCCCGCAUCCCACCCAGCCACCCCGCGUCCUCCCCGGCGGCGAUGUCCACCGUGCGCCUCUCCGGCGCCGCCGCCGCCGCCGCCCUGGAACGCCUCUCCGCCCGGCGAGCCCUGGCCGGGCCCGGCCGCAGCCCCGUCUGCAGGAGCCUCUUCGGGCCGGUGGACCACGAGGAGCUGGGCCGGGAGCUGCGGAGCCGCCUGCGGGAGAUGGGGGAGGACGACCAGCGCCGCUGGGACUACAACUUCCACACCGACACGCCGCUGCCGGGGCCCGGCCGACUGCGCUGGGAGGAGGUGGAGGGCGGCACCGUACCCGCUUUCUACCGGGAGACGCUGCAGGUGGGGCGGCACCGCGUCCCCCUCCGCCGGGCGCCCCCCUCCCCGCCGCCGCCGCCCCCCGCCGCCGCCGCCGGCAAGGGGCCCGGGGGGCGCCUGAGCCGGGAGAACCGCGCCGCGCCCCGCCGCCGCGGCAUGCGGCUCCGCCGGAGGGGCCCGACGGCCCGCAUCACAGAUUUCUUCGCGAGGAGGAAACGGCCGGCGGAGCCCAAGGCGGCGGCGGAGCGCCCCGCCAGCUGCCCGGCGCCCCCCGCCGCCGUGCCGGCUGAGCAGACCCCCCGCAAGCGGCUCCGGUGAGCCAGACUUUUGCACUACGGCACCCACGGGAGAGGCGCGCCGCCCCCGGAGGUGCGGCGCCCCGGAGGCGCGGGGGGCCGGGACGGGCGGCGCGGCGAGCCGGGACCCCCCCGCGCCCGCCCGGACCGGGAGCGGGAGCGGGAGCCGGAGCCGGAGCGCCUGCCCGCCGGCCGCGGCCGCGCACGGAGCAGUGUUAACGUACAACUGUGCAAUGUAUUACGUUUUGUAUAGAAAUGUAUUAUGCCUAAUGUGAGUACACUGGCCAGAAGUGUAAAGCUUUAAAAGUCAUUUAUAUGAAAUGUUUAAUCUCUGCUGAGCUCUCAGUGCAAAAUAAGAAAGGAAAAAGGAAAAAAUGAAAAAAGCAAGUGUAUAUUUGUACAAAACUUUUUUGAAGAGUUAUACUAACUUAUAUUUUCUAUUUAUGUCAGAAAUGUGGAUAACUUUGACAUCCAAUAGUCUUUUUUUUUUUUUCUUUUGGUUAAGCCAAAGGGCACUAUAUUUGCUUUUGUUAUUUACAAAAUGUAAAUUUAUUUUUAUAGUGGGAACUUUUUUUUUUUUUGCAUUCACAAGAUGUAGCUAUGAAUCAAAAUAUUUUUUAGACUUUACUUGAAGACAAAUCUGUUUCAAUGGUUCCUGAGCCGGUCUGUACCACUGCCAUUGCAAAUAAUGCCACAACUUCAAUAAUAAUAAAUAAAUAAAAAAGCCAGGAAACCCCUGCAA